GCGAGAUGUUCGUCCAAUUUAAAAUAUUUUUUUAGAAGUCGGAUAAGAGGAAAAAUAUAUCAAAAUAAAUUACAAAGUUCCUCUAUGAGUCACAUUGAACAACGACGUUAUUAGUAUAUUAUGAAAUGAACUCGUAUCAGGGCAUCAAGCCAAGUUUCUGAUAAUGAUUGACAUCGAAAUGUUCUGCGAUGUAUUUUAUUAUUCUGCAAUGAACGGUUGGUGAUGAAAGGAACAAAUGAGAAGAACGGCAACUGAUAAGGAAUAAUACUUGUUAAUGGACAUAGGAGUGGUUCUUAGAUAAUAAAUAAAAAAAGGUGUCGUCUCAGUCAAGACGAACAAUGUUACUGAUACAAUGGAUUGUCUCUACUGCUGUUCUUUUCAAUGGUAUUUGUCAUGGCUCUCUACUUCACUCAGACAUAAGAGCCAGUGUCGGGACCUUGGGGAGGAAACAUGGGCAGCAGCAUCAACACGCUGCUAUUGUGGAAUUUCAGUGUCAGUACAUGCUCAAACAUCUCCAAAGUGGAGGCCAGAUCUCAGUGCAUAUGCCACCCAACAUCGCAGGCCACUGGGUAUCCACCAGCUGUGAGGUCAGGCCUGGGUCAGAGUUCAUCACCAGGUCCUAUCUCUUCCACCACAACCACACCUUCCAGGUCCUCCAGUUCCACUACCGGGACAACCGCUGCUCCUCCCCCACAUACACCCUCCUCGCCCGGGGCAAUCUGUACCUGCGCCAGGCCUCCUGGGUGGUCCGCGGAGGCACCGAGGCCGACUAUCAGCUUCACAGCGUCCAGGUUGUGUUCCACAGCCCCGAGGCAGCCAUGGACCUCAGCCAGUGGCUCAAGCCCAGCUGUGGACCUCCAUCCCUAGGUAGAGGGGGAAAGUGGGAGCCCUGGGAGCCCCACGUCAGCUAUGACUUGUGGAGUGAGGAGGAGCAGGGGAGGGACUGUGCCCAUAGGCUGGGCUUCACUAUGAAUGAGCUGCAGCUGGUGCGUGUGGAGCGGCGCCGCCAUCAUGGUGUCUGGCUCCCUGAUGACCACACCGAAGAGCUCUUCCUGGGGGACGUCCACACUGAGCACACCCAGAGGACCCACCACACACCCUCCAGCUACCAGCCGCCACUGCAGAACACCAAGAUUCCCUCUUGGUCUUCAGUGGACCACAUGAGGGUUACCCCAAUGGACCGGGCCACCACCUCCCUGCUCAACGUCUUCCGGUGCAAGGAGUGCGGGGCGGAGGGCUCAUGGCGCCAGGGCCUGGAGCAGGAUGUCACCCCCACCCAUGGCUGUGCUGCCCUGGGCAUCCGGCUGCCCCACACUGAGUACGAACUCUUCCGCAUAGAGCGAGACUAUGCGAAACGCCUCCUUCUCUUCAACGGCCAGAGGCCCACGGAUGGCUCCAGCCCUAACCAGCCCCACAUGACAGCCACCUCCUACCAGGUUCCCCUGGUGCAGUGUGCAGGGGCUGGCCAUGGGCCAGCGGAGUGGAGGGAAACUGACGAGCUCCAAAGACUGUGGAGUAGCUGCUGCAGACACAGAGGUGGUGGCAUGGUGGAUAUGGUUAGACUACUGCUUAUUGCUGCUAUCUCCGUUCUGCAUCUCAGGUCGGAGUAGCUGAAUGUUAUUGUUGUUGUGGAGCAGCACUUCAUUGACUGUGUAUUGGACUUUCAGACUCUUUGAAUACAGCAUAUGUAAUUGCAAUGUUGAAUUGUUACAUUCUAUUAUUCAGAGUCGUGUUCAGUAGACAUCAAAAGAAGAAAACACUUUGACAGGAAGUGAAACUGGGAAGUACUGUACUUGUCCAAUAAGAAAUGCAUUUUUCCUAUGGUGUGCCCAACACAACAUAAGUUGUCUAUGGCCGUGAUUCAAUCUGACUGUGAUUUGUCAACAAUGUGCCAUUUAAAUCAGCGAUAGACAGUUUCUACAUACAUUUUUGGACUUGUAAUUGAAUUAUAUAUUUUUUAUUUAUUUAACUAGGCAAGAACAAAUUCUUAUUUACAAUGACGGCCUACCCCGGC